AUGAUUAGAAUAGCGAUGGGACACGCAAAGAAGCAUCCAGGGCUCAUCCCCCAGUUCCUUGUCGUCUUGUUGGGAAUAGGAGGAGCCUCUAUGUACUUGUGCCGUCUUGCAAAUGGGCCCCAUGUUAACUGGAACAAGAAGAACAACCCUGAGCCCUGGAAUCAACUUGACCCUACCUACCAGUACAAGUUUGUGGCCAUAGGCACAGACUACAAGAACCUGAAGAAGGAGGGACCUCAAUUCUGA